AUGGACAGCCAAGAAUCCAGAAGUUCUCGGGCCAGCGAUUCCCCUGGAGACACUAUGAAUGAUGUGUAUGCAGCCUGGCAUGAAAUGCUAGAAAGCGAGGGGGCAGGGUUGGCAGCCAGGGUAGCGGAACUAGAAGUCCGAUGUUCUCGGCAAGCAGAGGAGCUCCUGUGUCUUCGUUCAACCCUAGCCGAUGCCCUUAGAAGACUUAAUGUUCUAGAAGGCCGAACGCCAGCCACUACAACUUCAACCCAGAGAAAUGGUGCUUACACAGGAUCAACGGGGGGGACUCCUACUAGGGAGCUUCGUAUAAGACAAUCCGCUUAUCGGGAACCAGCAAAACGCAGCUCCAGUUAUGGCUCCAGUGCUUCAUCAUUACCUCAGAGACGCGGCCCACAGCACCAGUCCACCGGAUCCCUGCAGUCGGACUCACCGGCAUCGUCGUCUUCCCUCUCCCCCGCGCCUUCCCCGUCACCCCGUGCCACGCCCGCCCCGCAUCACGUGCCGCAAGUCUCCCAGCCUUACAGAUCGCGCAAUAGUUCCACGUCAAGCAAUCAAAGUCCCUCCCCCGGAGUGAGCCUCACCAAGAGGUGGAACUCCACCGGGGACUUCAACACGCAGGGUCUUUUGCCGAACGCAAGCACCCACACCUGUCAGUACAAUGAAGAAGACGGCUCCAUGAGGAUGUACAUCCGAGGUCGACCUGUGGUCCUGUAUGGUCCCAGCGACCACGAUACCUUGGACCCUGCGAAGGUCGCUCCUCCGCCGCAAAGCAAACUCAAGUUGGAAUGGGUGUAUGGAUAUCGAGGCAAAGACUGCCGUAGCAACCUAUACCUCUUACCAACUGGAGAGAUAGUUUACUUCGUGGCAGCCGUGGUAGUACUCUUCAACGUGGAUGAGCAGUGCCAACGGCAUUACACGGGCCAUACUGAUGACGUCAAGUGUAUCGCAAUUCAUCCAAACAAGAUGAUCAUUGCUAGUGGACAGUGUGCGGGACAUGAUCGGAUGGACGCCAGGCCACACAUCCGGGUAUGGAACUCAGUUUCCCUGGCGACUCUGGCCGUUCUGGGCUCCGGGCACAUAGAGCGAGCGGUUGCCUGCCUCACCUUCUCGAGAGCUGAUGGGGGAUCCUUGCUGGCUGCUGUCGAUGAAGGCCCAGACCACACCAUCAGCGUAUGGGAGUGGCAGAGGCCGGAUAAGGGGCACUGCGUCGCUGAAACUAAGUGUUCAGUAGACACAGUGGUAGCUGCAGAAUUCCAUCCGCUGGACAGAAACCAGAUCGUGACUUGUGGGAAGGGGCACAUCGCGUUUUGGACUUUGGACGCUUCCAACGUCUUAUACAAGCGCAUGGGCAUCUUCGAGACAAGAGACAAACCGAAAUAUGUCACUUGUCUUGGGUUUAAUCAUAAUGGCGACGUAAUCUCAGGCGAUAGCAACGGAAACCUCAUAGUGUGGGGCCGCGGCACCAACACCAUCCAGAAGAUGGUGCGAGGGGUCCACUCGGGCUCCGUGUUCAGCGUGUGUAGCCUCAAGGAGGGGGCCGUGGUCAGCGGCGGGGGGAAGGAUGGGCGGCUGGUGCUCUUCGACGCGGAUCUGCAGCCCACUGCUACCGAGAAUGUGAUCGAAGGACACUACGGCGGCGUGCGAGUGAUCGCGGAAGGGCGUGGCUCGCAACUCUUCAUCGGAACAACCAAGAACUGCAUCCUUCACGGAGACAUGGAGCUCGGCUUCUUACCUGCUGUCCUCGGUCACGUGGACGAGGUGUGGGGCCUAGCCGCUAACCCCACUUUGCCCCAAUUCGUGUCGGGCUGUUGGGACAGUUUGCUACAGCUUUGGGAUCCACUCAGUCAUUCCACCGUAUGGAGCAAGGAUAUUGGGGAGCGCGCUCAAAGCUGCGCCUGGUCAUCGGACGGCAGCGUGAUAGCGGUGGGCUGCGUGUCAGGCAAGUGGCUGGUCUUCGACCCCGUCUCCAGGGAAAUGGUGGCGCACCAUGUUGAUGGCGUGGAACCAAUCCAGACCAUCCAAUACUCUCCAGACAACAAGUAUGUGGCGAUCGGAUCUCGGGACAACUUCAUAUACAUCUACCAAGUGGAUGACAAUUGUUCCAGAUAUUCCAGACUUGGGAAGUGCCUUGGCCACUCUAGUUUCAUUACCCACUUGGAUUGGUCUGAGGAUAGCCAGUACAUACGGAGUAACUCUGGCGAUUAUGAAUUAUUAUAUUGGAACGCAACCACCUGCCGUCAAAUCACGUCGCCCACAUCGAUGCGAGACGUGGUCUGGGCCUCCAACAACUGCCCCAUCACCUUCCAAACCAUCGGGGUGUGGCCCGAGAACGCCGACGGCACCGACAUCAACACCUGCACCAGGUCUCACGAUAACCGAUUAGCCGCGACAGGAGAUGACUUUGGCAAAGUGAAACUAUUUGCUUACCCCGUCACACAACCGAAGUCCUUGUGUCACCAAUACGGCGGCCAUUCAUCCCACGUGACGUGUGUCCGUUUCCUUCUCGACGACUCGAGGCUGGUUACCGCCGGAGGACUGGAUACCAGUCUUAUGCAGUGGGUCGUUGAAUAA